AUGAGCCUCGAAGAUCGGCCCGUGCCAGCAGCCGGUGAUAACGACCUGCUCGUCCAAGUCCGUUCGGUAGGUAUCUGUGGUUCGGACGUGGCGUAUUAUUUUGGCAAUAGUUCGCUUGAAACCGACGACGGGAAAGGACCCCUUACCCUUGGACACGAAUUUACUGGUGAGGUCGUCGAAGUUGGCAGCGAAGCCGGAAAAACAGGUGAAUUCAAAGUGGGUGAUCGGGUUGUCGUCAAUCCUGUUCAAUCAAAUCCAGAUUCCGUCUGGAGUAAGAAAGGAUUGUCCAACUUAUGUCCCGAAAAACGCGUCUUAGGUGUAGGUGUUGAUGGCGGCUUUGCGGAGUACGCAGUCUCAGACUACCGUUGGACAGUCAAGUUACCUGAAAAUGUAACAUACGAUCAAGGCGCACUAACGGAGCCGCUCGCUUGUGGACUUUAUGCUGUCAACAAUCUCAACGCCGAAGAAGGGCAAACUGCCGUCGUCUUCGGACCCGGUCCCAUCGGUUUGAUGAUGGUGCAAGUUCUAAAAAGCCGUGGCUUGAAAAACGUUCUGCUUGUCGGAACCCGUGAUUAUCGCUUGGACUGCGGUAAGGAACUCGGUGCUGACGUAGUCGUCAAUGUUAGUGAUACCAACUCUCCACACUAUGUGGAAGACUUGGGUGCUAUGAUUCAGGAACUCAACGAUGGCGAAUUGGCAGAUCGUGCAAUUACAGCUACCAGCUCGCUCAACGCAAUCCACACCGCUUUAGAAGUUACAGGCAGACACGCAACUGUCGUUAUCUUCGGACUUCCCGGCGAUACAGAUGUAAUGCAGGUUCCUAUCCUUGAUACGAUCCUUAUGGAUAAAACCAUCAGGUUCUCUUGGCUGGCACCUGAUACGUGGGAAGAAGCAGUGCAGCUCAUUUCGAGUGGCGAUGUUAACAUGGACAAAAUCAUCAGCCACGAGUUCUCGCUCGAAUCACUCGUUGAAGGAAUAACAAAGGUCCGCAAUCGCGAAGACGGUUGUACGAAGGGCUUGAUAAAAGUUUCUGAUUAA